AGCCCACGGAUCGCCGUGACAACGUCAGAAAACCAGAAGAAGCCUGCGCCCGCCCGCGGCUAGCCUACCCCACCCGCCCCGGGGCCGGGGGAAUAUGUUAUGUUAUCCCCUCGCGGCGGCCGGCCCCACGACCCCACGGCGCGCUCCGCCCUGCCCUCAUCCUCGUCAACCCGCCACACGGACAUGGAAGACGACGACGACGCCGGCGCCGGCGCCGGCGCGUGCGGCCGCGUGCUCGAGUGGGAGCACGGCCUGCCCACGGAGGAGGAGCUGACGCCGCUCUCGCACCCGCUCGUCCCUCCGGCGCUCGCCGCCGCGUUCCGGAUCGACGUCAGGGGCACCGGCACCGCCUUCCCCUCCUCCCCCGCCUUCGACUGCCCCGUCGUCUUCGCGCACAACUCCCCCACCUCUCACCUGUCCUUCCGCUGCGAGGACGAGGACGAGGACGAGGACGAUGAGGGGGAGGGGGAGAGGGAGGAGGAGGGGGAGGACGCCACCUCCGGAAUCGGCGGCUCGUGCGGAGGCGGGAGGGCCGGGAAGAAGGCGCGGAUGGUGUGGACGCCGGAGCUGCACCACCGGUUCGUCGAGGCGGUGGCGCACCUCGGCGACAAGGGUGCCGUACCCAAGGCCAUCGUGCGCCUCAUGAACGUCGAGGGCCUCACCCGCGAGAACGUCGCCAGCCACCUCCAGAAGUACCGCAUCUACCUCAAGCGCACGCGCAGCCCCGGAAAGCCGCAGCAGCCUCCUCCGGCCUUCCCGCCGGAGUACGGCUCCCACUUCAGGACCCAACAGCUCUCUGACACCUCCAGCCGGAGCGAUUACAGCGCGUUCUCCACUUCUGCCGCCACAGCGAGAAGCUCGAACGCGACAAAGCACUCCAGGCUGUGGGAUGAAAACGGGCCAGACAAGCGUAACACAUUCUGAGAAAGAGCUCAUGGAAACUAGCACGCCGUGUUCACUUAGCCUGUAAGAUGUUUCUCAGGGAAGAGGUAUUGUCCAAAGUGAAGCGAGUGAAGUACAGCAAAUAAAUGAGUAAAUGACGAUGUUGCCGAAAUCAUUGGAACAUCGAGCGGUAGACAUAUAUGACUGAAAGACCGGUAGUACAGCAAUGCCUACUAAAGUUUUGUGAGAUUUUCUAUAGCUUUUGUUAUCUGAAUGUAAAAGUUAAUUUGUGUGACUCAAGUAUUGUAAAUUCUCCAUCACGUCUUACACUAUGAGACUAGUGUGCAGUUAUCCUAAUGCAACACCAUAAUGCUAGUAUUUUUCUUAUUAA